CUCCAUAUGACAGGAAAUGAUCUGGGCGUUUUGGUCAGAUAUUUUGACUGCCCUUAGUUUCAGCCAGCAACUGGCAAAAUGGAUUACACCCCAGAAGGAGACAGAGCUGAAUGUUCCGUCUGGCUUUAGUAAGGAAAGAGCAGAGAUGAAAUCCAUGGACUGUGUGCACAUCAUCCAACAGAAGGGUAUCUCCUCCUCUCCUGCUCUCUCUGGUGCUGGUUUGGGCAGGAAAGGACUCCUCUCGGUCACAUUCCUGUGGCUUGCAACGCUCCUGUCCUCUUGUCUUGCAGCAGUGUGUCUUUACCACGUUCUCACACUUAAAGCAGAACUAGCAACUCUCCGCAGCGAGCUGAUCUACAGAAUCCAGGCAAGAACUCCGCUACCCCAGGCCCAGGAUGAGAGUAAACAGGGUACUGUAUUCUCUUCUUCCUUGCAGUUAACAGCAGCCGCUGCCAGGCAGGAAAUCAGGCUGCCUGCUUCUGAGGCAGGUGAAGCCGAUGAAAAGAGAGGCUGGAGUACAGGCAGAAGCAGAGGGAGAAGGUCUGCGCUGCCUACAGAAGAAAUAAUGCUACAGGCCUGUCUGCAAUUGAUUGCUGAUAGCAAAAGUAACAUCCAACAAAAAGAUGACUCAAGUAUUGUUCCAUGGCUUCUUAGCUUUAAAAGAGGAACAGCUCUGGAAGAGCAAGGAAAUAAAAUAUUGGUCAAAGAAGCAGGUUACUUUUUCAUAUAUGGUCAGGUUUUAUAUACAGAUACAACAUUUGCUAUGGGACAUCUAAUACAAAGGAAAAAGGCUCAUGUAUUUGGUGAUGAUCUCAGUUUGGUGACAUUAUUUCGUUGUAUCCAAAACAUGCCUCAUUCUUAUCCUAAUAAUUCUUGCUAUACCGCUGGCAUUGCAAAAUUAGAAGAAGGGGAUGAACUUCAACUUACAAUACCACGGAGAAGGGCCAAAAUAUCAUUGGAUGGAGAUGGCACUUUUUUUGGUGCAGUUCGACUCCUGUGAUACUCUACAGUUUUGCAUCACUCUUAUCUCUGUUCUCUUUUUUGUUUUUAUGUAAUUGAAAAAAAUGGAGACACAGUUAAGCGGCCAAUUCAGUCUCGUUUUCUUUUUUUUUUUUUUCUUAAACCCCCUUUCUUUGGUUUGAUGAACCAUAAACAGGAAACCCAGCAGACAUACUUCUGAUGUGACUGUCAUGUGAAUUACCAGAAAUAUAGGUUAUUUUAGGCAAUAGAGGAAUAAAAAUACCAGUGGCUAUACAGACAUGUCUUACAGCUUUAAAACAACUUCUUGUCCAUGAGGUAUUACUCAGGGCCUUGAUACUGUAGAGUUUGACCCAAAAUAUCUCAAAUGUAAUGAGGACAUUGUGAUUAGUAAAUCAUUAUCCAGGAGGUACUGAAGUAACAUAAACAAGUCAACAUAAACACUACUCAGAUUCAUAUUAAAUUUCACAAGUGUUUUAUUGUUAAAUAAGAAAGAAUCACUAAAGAGUAGAACCCUCAGAAUACAUAUUAACAUACAGUAUAUUAGAAAUUGCUAAUAAUCUGCAGACAAAGAUUCAACUGACAAAUGUACAAUUGUUAGCCCAGUUUUUAGCACUGACUGAACUUUUGGAAGAAACUGAAAUCAGAUGAGGAAAUAGGGGUUGGGGGGGAAGACUGACCGGGGCAGUGGCAGGGGAAGGAUAUAGGAUUGGGAUAGGAAGUCCAGAGGAGUGGGACUAGGACUUCCUGUGGAAGGAGACUGGGAUAAGAUGCCUGAGUGGACACUAGGACUGCUUAGGAGAAGAAAACGGGACUAGGUGAGGCCAACAAGUGUGGUGAAAAGAUAGGAUAGAGACAGCCUGGAGGGGAGCAAGGAUAAUGGAAAUGGAAUUAAGCUUGAGGGAAAACGGGCAGAAAUGUCUUUCCUCCAGACCCCCAAAUACAACCCAAGAUACCUGAAUUUCACCAUUCCUCUGCUGUCUAUGAAACCCUUGUCACAGAAUCUGGAAUGGGUCACAAACUGUCAAAAAACAGGGAAGACAGAUCCAAACUGGUGGUAUAUUCUAUAAUUAGAUUUCACCAAACCAGCAACAAAUGUGUGCUCCUCAAUCACUAUUCUAGCUUACCAGGGAGCCAUAGCCAGUUGCCUUAGACAUUCCAGCCUAUAUUAUCACCGAAACUGCACUUAAUGAUGAAAGGUUAUUAAAGCCAAAAAUUGUCACGCUUUCAGUUACUCCCAGCCAAAAAGGGCCAGCCACUUACCGCAGGUCAAGGUAUACUUCAAAUCUCAAAGAUAAUGCUGAAGCCAAUUUCUUUAGUAAAUUAAACUAAAGAAAUGAAAGAUAUUGAGAGUUUAAAGCUGGUAAUAUACAUAACAGGUGAGUCAAACUUUGUAAGUCCAAAAUUAUAGUAGUGAUGUCUGCUAGCUUCCAUAAGUGUCUCAAGGUUUCCCAAAAUGUCUUUGGUGACCUCUGUCUUGUAUCUGCAGUGUCCCCUGACAGCAUCCAAAUAGAUCAUUCCCAGGGCUCACUUUUAUAGCUGUUCCCCUGAAAAGCAGCCAACCAAAUACUUGUACUCAAAGCAUAGGCUCUCCCUCUGAAGAGUGCAUUUUGAGUUUUUCACCUCAGGUCAUCAAAUCAAGGACCACUUGUUUUGAAAUUAACAUUUUACUUCCUAUGCAUAUGCAAGUAAUCCAGUUAUAGUGAUAUACAUAUGCAGUUACCUGCCAUUACAUUCUAAUAGGGAUAGAUAAGUGAAAACAACACAGAUGACAUUCAUUAGCUUUCAGGAAGUUUACACAUCAAGCAAAUUCUCUUAUAGCUGACACAAACCUCUGAUCUAGGAUUAAUUAAGCAUAGGGUAUACAUAUAAUGCAAAUCAAAUUACAGAUGUGUCGACAAUAGCACUAACAUUUAUUUGAACUAUUCUGACAGACAGAUGAAUUGGCUUGAUCCCAUUAUAAUGCCUCUUGGCAUUCUCUUGAUUCCUAUCAGCACAAGUGAAUGGGCCUAUGUUUGGUAGCCCACUUAACAUCUCUUUGGUAACCACGCACAGGUGCAUUAGCACUCCUAACACUUCUUUGAGCCGGCUAAUGGUCAGCACCACAAUGCUCUAGCAAAGUGUGUGUAUCAUUGCCAUCACAGAAGAUGAUAACAUACUGCUCUCUUUUACUGCAUUAGCUCAAGUGACAGAUGACUGUGAUGGAUCUAAAUGUUCUAAGUUUGCUGAUGACCUGUUUGAGUGUCAGUCUGAUGCCACUCAUUGUUCCUUUACACACUUGCUGUAUCAUAUUAUGACUAUAUAUCAUGCUUAACAUUUUCAUGCUGUGCUGUCAAAUACCUGAUUCAUUUGGUAUAUUUCCAUGGACUACAUGCUAUGGUCAGAUUCUAGAGAAUCUCAGCUUUCAUUUAAUAACAAAAAGUAAGUUUCUAAGCCUCGUUGUUGUGAAGAAAACCUCCCAGAUAUGAACAGGCUGGGAACUGAUAGUGACUGAUUUCCUGUACUUGACACCAGUCUGACCCAAUCUCUGAAAGCUGUGAGCUCCUCCAUCUCUUAAGUUAGUUAGUUUUGUGCCAAAUUAGACUAACUCUUAAUGAUAACUUUUCUAAUGGCAGCAUUGCCUCACUGAUGAGGGCUUGAAGCCCACUGAGUGGAGAGGAAUGAGGAAUAGCUGCAGGGAAAGAAAUGAUAGAAGGAUAGUAACAGCAAAAGGAGCAUGAAUUAAAAAGAGGAAAGUGGUGGUCUAAAGAGUAGACUAUUCUUCCACUGAAUGUUGGUGAAUGCAUCAAUAAAGCCAUGUAUAAAUACUA